AUGCUCAAUUUAAUUAACCAAGAUGCUCUUAAUGCAUAUAGGGUUGAAGGUUUGAGGAAAAGAAUAUCAAUUCAUGUUUAAAAAGACAAAAGAUUAGACUUUAGAAAAAUAAAAGGACAAUUGGUAUUUGAACCUAUAAAAACAAUUCAGUUAAUUAGAUGAUUUUUUUGUAUAUAUAAUUGAAAUCAUAUCUUAGUUAAUGUUAAAGAAAAAUGUAUGGGAUCGGAAAUUAGGAUUCAAAGGAUUUAAAGGUACUUUUAAAAUAGAACAUUUAAUCAUGAUAGAAAGAAAAUUAAGAAUUUUAUUUCCUUUAAGAGAGUUAAGAAUAGUAGACACAUAAAUGGAUAAAGAACAUUUAAUUAUAUUGAGGUAAUGGCUUUCUUGGCUUUAACCAAAGAAGUUGACUCUUUAAUUUUAGCAAAAUGAAAUAGACAAUGAAGAUUUUGAGGAAUUUAUAUACUACUUCUUUGAAAGAGAAAUUGAUUUGAAGAGAGUAUUUAUAUUAUCUUAUUUAGCUCUAUAUAAUCAGUAAUCCUGGGAUUUACAAAGAGCAAUUAUUAAAAUAACUUAAAGUAUAUUUAAAAGAAAAAAAUGAAUAUUAUGAAUAUUAAUUGUUGUUGAAUAAAGAUUCAAAAUCCAUUGCAAUUAUAAAACUAGAAAAAUAGUGGUCAAACUAAGAAAAAAAUAGUAUAAUCCACUAGGCGCGGGAUAAAAUUGAUUAAACCUGCUUUUAUUAUUUUGAUUUACAGAAUUGUUUUACCGAAAAGAAUUAUUAAGGUUUUGAACAUUUAAUUUAAUUAACAUACGAUUUAGACAAUUUGGAAUAAAUUUGUGGGUUAAAUGCGUCAGAUAAUUAUCUUGGAACUAUCAAUAGUUUUUAAUAGACAUGUCAACACCUUUCAACUGCAAAAGGUUUGCUUGAAUUAAAAUUUAGAAACUAAAAAUUAUUAGAAUACUCAACUUCAGUAACUUCUUUAGUUGGAGAUAGAUAUGAUAAAUUAAAAGUCAAUGUAUUUGAUAUAUCAAUAAUAUAAUAAUAUAUUAGAGAAGUUGAUAUAAUUAAGGAGAAGAUUUUAGAGAUUUUGUCUAAUGAAAUAUUUUUGCAUUGUAAAGAGGUUAUUAUUGAUGGUAUCUUAAAAUUUAAUUCUUCAAUAUUUAAAUUGAAUGUUUUCGCAGAAGCAGUCAAAACUAGAACUGAUUAUUUAAAGGAACAAAGUAUAAAAAGUAAAUUAUAUUCCUUAUGCUAGAUAAAAAAUUAAUCAAACAUAACUUAAAGUAAUUAGAUUUAUCAUCAGUUGAAAGCUUUACUAGAGACGAUGUAGUCGAAAAGUUUCUUGAAAGUGUAAUAUUUACUGAGCACACAAAUAUUAAAUAAUUAUGUAUUACUUAUUUUUAAUAUGUUUUUAUAGGCAUCUAAGAUUGUGAAAAAAGUAGAUUAGAGAGUUGGAUAAAAACUUUUAGAGCAUUUAAGGAACGAAUCAAAAAUGAAUAAUUAAAAAAUCCAUUACUUUAGAAUUAUAAAUUACCAUUAAAAACUAUGAUUAUGCCAAAAUAAACUUAUAGAAUGGAACCUUAUAAUAUUAAAAGGUUUUUUUAUGAAUUUUUUUUUACGAAAAAAGGUGACAUUUUAGAAAUAGAAAAUUUUGAAAUGAUAAGUUGCUUCAGAUAGAAUGGAAGAGAGGAGGGAAUUAUAGAGACUUGUGAUGAAAUAUAUAAAAAAAUAGAAAGUGAAGAUGAAUCAAUGAGAAAUGGUUAAUACACAAUAAAAAAGUAAAAUUUCAAGGUACGAAUUGCAAAGUUGACUUAAAAAUAUUUAAGUGCUUAAUUUUAGCUGAUAAUUUCAAAUUAGAAGAAUUUAUUGUAGAAAAAGAGAGCAUGAGUAAUACCUUUUCAGAAUAUAAAGAUGCCACAAUCGCUUAUCUCAAUAAAUAACCUUCUAGCUUUAUUCAUAGCUUAAAUUCACUAUAAUUUAUUGAUAUAAAAGAUCUAUCUUUUGAGUUAUUUUAAUUCUUAGAAAUAUUUGUAUAUCAUGAAAUUCGAUUGAAAAAGUUAGUUUUACAAAAAGUGCAAUUUGAAUAAAAGGAUGAAUAUAAAUAAACUUUUGAAUAAAUUCUUGAUGGCAAAGAUCGAGAAUAAUUUAAAUUCUCAAUUAAAGAAUUGAAAUUAGAAGAAAUGGAUGAAGAUUUUGCUCAAAUUAAUUUCACUAAAUAUUUUAUUUUUUCAAAGUAUUAGAGAAUAGAGAAAUUGAGUUUAGGAAACUUUAAAUUUGAUAUGCUUAAUGAAUAAAUUACUUAGAUUUUAUAAGAAUAAUAAAUUAUUAACUAAAAUCAAUAACAAAACAAUGAAAAGGAUAUUUUAAAUUAACAUCCCUUACAACAAUCAAUAAAUGAUGAUAAACAACAAAAUUUGCCUCAUAAAAAUUUAAAAUAUUUAUAUCUAAAAGAUAUUACGAUUACUUCUCAAAAACCAUGGUCUAUUAUUUUACAAGAGAUAAUUUUUAAUACUUAAAUAAAAAUAGAAGAAUUUGUUUUAGAGAAGAUUAACCUUGAUGAGAAUUUCAUAAAAGCUUUAAAUGAAGCAACUAAAUCUUUAAUUGAUUAAAAAAUAAAAGAAAAUUUAGAGCAAGUUUAGGUUACCUAAAAAUUAGUAUUACAAUAUGAAUUUCAAUAAAAUGAGAAAUAGUAGGAAUAAAUUCUUAAGGGGAAAUUUGAUUUGAAAAAAUUAACCUUUAUUGGAUGUAAAACUGAAAAAGAUAUACUAAUUCCUUUUUUAAUUCUCUGUACUAUUAAUGAAAUGACAUUUAAAUCAUGUAAGGGAUUAAAUAAAUCUAUUUAGGAUACAUAAGAAUUAUUUAAAAAAAAUCCUAAUUAUCUGUAAUUCAAUCUGGUUUCAAUCGAAACCUUUGUAUUUGAGAAAAUUAAUUUAGAAGAAUAUAAAUUUUAAUGGUUUUUAGAUGAAAUAGUUUUUAAUAAAGAAAGAUAAUAAGUCAAGCAUUUAUCUUUAAACAAUCGUAAUUUGACUGAUAAUUUAUUGAAUGUUUUAUCUAAUUAAAUCAAGAGAAUUAAGAGUAUCGCAACAUCAUUUAGACGAUAUUAUAAUUUGAGAUCUAUUAGCCUUAAAGAUAACUAAAAUAUUAGUGAAGCAGCACGGAUAGAUUUUUUUAAUAAGUUGAUGGAAUAAAAGGCUCAAAUAAAACUAGAAUAAAUUAACAAUGAUAAUCAAAAUUUAAAGAACAAUCUUUCAGUAAUCAUACAAAGUGAUCAUGAAAAAAAUGAAGAUGAACUCAAUUCUAAAAAUGCUCUAAAUCAUCAAAAAGAAGACAAACCUUUAGAGGAUUAAGAUAUAUAAUAAAAAGAAAAUAAAAUUGAAAAAAUGAUUAUUUCUAAUGCUGAAUAUGUUUAUAAAAAUGAACUUUAAGUUAAAGAAAAAAUUAUCAAUAAUUUUGAAUUAUUUAGACCAGCAUUUCCUAAAAAUUUAUUGCAUGUUGCGUUAAAUUUUGAUUUUAAUUGUUUAUAGGAUAAAAAGGAUAAACUAUAUUAUCAUAUUAUUGUUGGUUUAAUAAUUAAUGCCGAGAGUUAAGUUGAGAGUAUCAAAUUUGAAAAAAUUGAUCUCAGUAUGUUUAUGUCUAAUGUAUAAAAAGCUCAGUAAUUUCGACAAAUACUAGAAAAUAAUUGUUAUAAAAAUGAUGUAAGAGAAUUUAAAAGUAAAAUUAAAAAAAUAAAUUUUAAUUUUAAAUCAAUAACACCAACAACAGAAAAUGAUAUUAAAUUAUUUGUAAAAACAUUUAUUUGUUCAACUCAUGUUUAAUUAAAUUAUCUAGAAUUAUCUGGAUUUAUAAUGAAUAAGCAUGGAAUUAUUUCAUAGAUUUUGAAUUAAUUGCCCAAUAGAUAUGAUUAUGUUUUGGAGACUUUGAAGUUGGAACUUGAAGAAACAUUAACUGGAGAUGAAACUUUUUCAUUUUUUGAAAAAGUAAUUUUAGGAAGUGUUCUACCAAUAAAAGUGCUAAAAUUGGGCUAUGGCCUUUUUUUCUCACCUGCUUUUUUUUCAGAACUUUUGUUCAAUUAAUAAAGUAUUCCUUUAGAACAUUAUAUUAUUUAUAUCUAAGAUAGAGAAGAUUAAAUAUAGAUUCAUUCUUAAAUUUUAGAAUAACUAAUUCAAUUCAACUGCAAAUUAAAAAUAUUAGAAAUACGUGAUGUCUGCAAAACAAAAUAUUUGAACAUAGUUUUAGAAAAAUUGAUUGAAAAUAAAAUUUAAAAUCAAAAUUUGAUAUCCUAUUUAGAAGAGCUUUAUCUUUUUGGGUAAAUAAAAGUUGAUGCUAAAUUUUUAAAUUUCAUAUUUUCAAUACUUAAAAAUCUGAAAUAAUUAAAACUUUCUUUUUUGGAUUUAAAAAAUAAGGAAGAAAUUGAAAAUUUUUUUAGAGAUUUUUAAUUUGAAUUUUAGCUAAGAUAAGAUAGUAUGUUAGAGGUAAAGAAUAUAGAAGGUGAUGGUAAGUAAUCUUUUAUGAAUAAUUUUUUAUUUAAUGAUAAAAUUGGAUUCCAUAGUAUUAGCUAUAGUAUUAGCUUGUAAGAUGAUAAAUUUUUAACUGACUUAAGCAUUUCUAAUUAAAUAAAUAAAAUAAAAUUACUAAAAAUAGAUAUGGGAUUUUAAUAUAAUUCUAGGACCUUAUUAAAUGAAAAAUGUUUGACUUUACUUUCUGAAAAAUUUAUUUAUAAUGAAGAAAGUAAUUGUGAGGAGCUAUUAUUAUUCAAAUUACAGCUCAAAAUCCCAGGUGUUAAAGCAAUUACUUAACCUGCUCAAUAAUUUAGAGAAAAUGUAGAAACUUAGAAUAGGCAAAGAACUUGUUAAUUAAAAUUAAAAGUGAUCGUCUUUUAUUAUUCUUUAUAUCUCUAAGACGAAGGGCAAGAAUUGCUAUUGAAGGAUUUAUUUUUUUUUUGA